CGCACUCGCCAAUGGCCGUCGCCAUGGUGCCCAGGGACGCAUCUGCACACUGAGGCAUCCAGCGUCCGGAGCCCCAGGGUCGCUUCCAGUCUUCCUCAUCUACAUAAUUUCCAGUGGGUUGAAGGGGACGUGUGUGAAGUCCAGCUGAUGGUGUACAACCCCAUGCUGUUUGAGCUUCGAGUGCAGAACAUGGGGCUGCUGACCAGCGGAGUGGAAUUCGAGUCGCGCCCCGCAGCGCUCUCCCUUCCGGCCGAGUCUGGUCUGUACCUGGUGACGCUCGUAGGGGUCCCACAGACGACUGGAACGAUCACCGUGAAUGGUUACCACACCACCGUCUUUGGUGUUGUCAGUGACUGCCUGCGGGACCAACUCCCGGGAAUAAAGACCAGCGGCUCUACGGUGGAAGUCAUCCCCGCUUUGCCAAGACUGCAGAUCAGCACCUCCCUGCCCAGGUACCAGAUCGGCACACUCAUUGCAGCCUUCCUCUGGUGACGAGAUAUCUACCAACGUGUCUAUGCAGCUGUUCAACGGGGAGACUCAUCAACUCAUCGUCACCUUAGAAAACAUUGGCCUGGAACCCCUGGAGACACUGCAGGUCACCUCCAAAC